GUGGGCAGUAGUUCGUUUGUCCCGCAUUGAAUUUAAUAACUGUCAAAGUUUAUAGGUUAACACUUCAAAAAUGUCAUCCGUUUCAGUAUUUUGUUGUUUAAGGGGUUGUUUAGAUGGAUUUAAGUUAAACUCGAAUGUUCCCCACCCUGUUAGAGAUAACCCCAUCAAGCUGGAUACGUCUUUUAUGGGAUAUGAAGUUGUUAUAGUUAAAGGGGGCCAAAGAGUGUGUGGAGCGGGUGCGGCACUUGGAAACGCUCCACUGGUACAGUCAAAAGCAUAUUUUGAAGUCAAAGUGCAACAGAGUGGGUCCUGGUCUGUUGGUUUGGCUACACGACAGACUGAUUUGAGUUUAACACAAGGUGGGAUGGAUGAGUUUUCCUGGGCAUUGGGACAUGACCAUAUAUUAAGACAUUCUGGACAAGAACUGUACAAAAUUAAUAUUUCCAAUGGUGCUGUUGGUGAAAUACAGAACAUUCAAGAAGGUGAUAUUUUGGGAGUUGCCUUUGACCACAUACAGCUCAAAUUCUUUGUUAAUGGGGUGGAAAUUGACCAUGCUAUUACAAACAUCAAAGGAACAGUAUUUCCAGCCCUAUAUGUUGACGAUGGUGCAAUAUUGGACAUAAUUUUGGAUAACUUUCAUCACUCCCCUCCAGCUGGCUUUGAGAAAAUCAUGUUGGAACAAUCACUGCUUUAAUAAAUUAAAAAAGUUCAAACAAAUUAUUUAUUUUUUUAUACUUUAAUAUAGCCUAAUUUUAAAUCUCAAUUUAACAUUUUAUUAAUUAAUAAUUGUACUGAUUAUAAGAACA